AAUAACAACUCAUGACCCUGAAAGCAGAAAUAUCUUCCAUUUGCCAACCUCUUUGGCAAGUUUCACUGAGGAUUUGAGGUCUUACAAAACAGUCUUGUGCUUACGAGCCGGGUUCACAAAGACAAUGAUGGAGCUGUCAAACAGCACGGGAGAAGCUGAUCUCUCUCUCAACACGGGAGUUCAGGUAGCAGCAAGCAUCAUCCUUGGAGCAACCUGUCUCAUUGGGAUCCCCGGCAAUUCCAUCGUCAUCUGGGUGAUAUUGUCCAAGAUGAAGAGGCGACCGUCCACUAUUCUGCUCAUCCUCAACCUGGCCAUCGCAGAUCUCGUCGUUCUGAUCACAUUGCCCCUGUGGAUUUACUCCAUCAACAACGGCUGGGUCUUUGGCGAGAUUUCGUGCAAGGUCCUCACCUAUCUGAUCUACUGCAACCUGUACGGCAGCGUGUUCUUCAUCACGCUGAUGAGCGUGGACCGCUUCAUGGCCGUCAUCUAUCCAUUCGCCUCCCAACGCUGGCGGAAGGAGAAAUCUGUCUGCAAGGUAGUCCCCGUGGUUUGGGCACUGGCCUUUCUCUUUGCUGUCCCUGUUAUUCUAGUGAAAAAGGUUCAGACUAUAGACGGCCAGCCAACGUGUUCAGUCCGCGAGUACGAUUCGGAUGCCCAGCAAAUUACUUGCCUUACGGUGGAGACAUUCAUUGGGUUUGUGAUUCCUCUCACGGUGCUUGCUAUCUGCUACGCCCACGUCGCUAGAAGGGUGAGCCAAAUGACCUUCAAGAGUAAAAACAGGUCUGAGAUGCUGAUCGCCAGCAUCGUCAUAGCAUUUGUGAUCUGCUGGCUCCCUUACCACGUGUGCAACGUGAUUGAAUUUGCCUCCCUAAUGGUGGACCCGCGUUCGGAUGCAUUUAGCGUACUGGAGCACAUUUCCGAGGUCGGGUCGUACGUAUCUGGGGCAUUAGCCUUCUUCAGCAGCGCCAUUAACCCUCUGCUCUAUGCGUUCGCUGCCAAGAGUUUACGGAACGGCUUUCGGUCUCCGGUGAUGGUAAAAGUCUUUGAGCAAAUGGCUCAGUCCACAAAAGAUGAAUACACCAUGGAGCGCUUUAAUACUACAAAAGUGGAAAGUAUCCAAGAUCUGUAAACCAAUUUGGUGUUGUUAAUUAUGUGUUGCAUUCACUCCCGAAUGAAUAUCCAUGGAUAAAACUGUGCAGGACAUGAGUAAAUUGCUGCAGAAAUAACUGGAUGACUUGCACUGAACCCUAGAGAUGACACAGUUUCUACACAGAAGUAAAUGAUACAUCUGUUGCACCAAAGAUUGCCUGGUAAAUUUUUAAUUGAAAAGUUUGUACUAAUAGUUUACAUCUUUGAGUGCCGCAGAAUUUAACUAACAUUUUAUUAGAUCAUAAAGCAUUUCAAUCCAGCGAAUAAUAACAUUUAUGUGUUUUUUCCUAUUUCCUUUCUAUUAUCACCACAUCACUUGUAGCUUUUCUUCCCCUUUUUAGUUUAUUUUCAAGAUAGUGUGGAAACAGGCCCGACCAAUGAUCACCGGUACACUAGUUCUAUCCUACACACUAGGGACAAUUUUACAGAGGGGAGUUUAACCUGCAAACCUGCAGGCCAUUGGAAUGUGGCAGAACCCGGGGAAAACCCACACGGUCACAUGGAGAACGUAUAAACUCCAUACAGACAGCACCCACAGUCAGGAUCGAACCCGGGUCUCUGGCGCUGUAAGGCAGCAACUCUAUCGCUGCGCUGCUGUGCCACCCUUCUGCCUUCUGUCCUUGUUGAUGGCAUACAUCUUCAAGGUCCCGCGCACUAUUUAACAAAAGAACAUUGUAGUCAACCUUCAGCAAAUGUGCUCUAAAUUUGCAGUAAACCAACAUGGGCAAAAAAAUGACUAUGUUAUCUAUCCACAAGGAACUAAAACUGCAUGUACUGAACUUUUCAAGUUUGUUCAAGAAUGUGAGAACUGAAAUUCAUGUAUCUCCAAUCCUUGCUUCUCCAGUCAAAUUGUGCCAGAGCUCAUUCCAAGCGGGGGCUGGUAACAGGAAGUGAAAUAGUGUUUUAUUCCUUUGCUUUGAAUAAAUUGUUCAAACU